AUGUCUGCCAAUGACAGAUCAAAUCAUGAAUUUACAACACCGAUAGAAGAAAUUCGAAACAAAGAUCAACUUGAAAAAGAACUUUGCCGGUUUAUAGUUGUUGUUCGUAAACAAGAUGGGCCUGAAUAUAUAAAUAGACAUUUAAAAGAAAAUAGUGUUAUAGGUAGGGAUAUUGCUUUAACGGGUGAACAAUGUAAACAUAAAUUCCCACAAUCAUACAAAACCAUUGAAGGUAAAUUAAGAGAUAUGAAGAGAAAGGCUUGA